UGAGUGCUGUAAACACUGUUCUUUUUUUUUCUUUCUUUUUUUUUUUUUUUUUUGGAGGAGCCAUAUUGUAAACGGCGCUGGCCAGCUCCGUUCACCCAGUGUUAACCGUCAUUACAUCACCCAGAGGACCGAAAAAAUGCCUGAGAUGCUCUAUUGUUCGUGCGUAACACCGGGCCGAGACGCGCCGACCCGCCGCCCACACGGCGCACAUGGUGACCGGCCGCCUUCCCGUUUUCUUUUUUUUUUUUCUUUUUUUUUUUUCCCCGCUGAAUUUACCCCCCGUAAGGACAAAACAAUAGCAGCUAUCCUGUGAUAUAGCCCCUCUUUGCCACAGCAUUUGGUGGACAAAUAAUAAUGCUGCUUCCCACAGCCAUCGCCGCCGCCAGGCCCGCCCCCUCGAUUGGCUGUUUUCGGUCACAUGACCAGGAAUUGGCUGCAAUUUUCGCCCCAUAGUUCUUCAGUUUAGCCUACCCAGGUCCCCAUACGCUAGUAAUAUCACCAAUAUACACAAUUAUUAUAUAGCCGCCGCAUUCACGCCAUUGCGGUCGGGAGCCUACAUGCUCGUGCGUUUUUUUCCUUUCGUUUUAUUUUUUUAAGAAGCCAUAUUGUGUUGUGUGCGUGUGCGGACGUGCGCGUGUGUGUGCAUGUGUUUUUGUUUUUUUUUUUUUAUUUUGGGAAAGGGAUUGUUCGGGGGCUCUCUCGCCGUCUGAGGCUGAAACCGGUGUGAGGGAGCUAUGAAUUUUGAAUUUGAGAGGGAGAUCGGUUUUAUAAACAGCCAGCCGUCCCUAGCAGAGUGCCUGACGUCCUUCCCCGCCGUCCUGGAGUCAUUUCAAACUUCAUCAAUCAAGGAGUCGACAGUAAUUCCGCCUCCCUUCGAGCACACCAUCCCCAGCCUCAGCCCCUGCACAGCCAGCCAGCCGAGACCGACUGCUAGGAGCCAGCAGAACCGGAGAACCUCCGCCACUAAUGGCCUCCAGACGCACCACCGAGCCGCCCAGCAGCCUUGUCCGCCCGGACAGGCCCCUGCACCGGCCACGGCAACCCCGGCCGGUCCGCUGGCCCACGAGUUCCCCUGGAUGAAGGAGAAGAAGUCAUCAAAGAAGUGCCCCAAGCCUGGGAGCAGCUCCAGCGGUGGCGGAUCCAUCAUCCCCCCUGCCUCGUCCUCCCCGUCGCCGACCGCCUCCGGGUACGCUUCGACGGGCAUCGAGUCGCCCACAGACCCGAGUCAGGCGAGUCUGGACGGUGGAGGAGCCGGGUCCCGUCGGCUGCGCACCGCCUACACCAACACACAGCUGCUGGAGCUGGAGAAGGAGUUCCACUUCAACAAGUACCUAUGCCGGCCAAGGAGGGUAGAGAUCGCGGCCCUGUUGGAUCUGACCGAGCGGCAGGUCAAAGUCUGGUUCCAGAACCGGCGGAUGAAACACAAGCGCCAGACGACGCACCACCGGGACGGAGGUGGCGGAGGCGGCCAUGAAUCAAGCGACCCGGGCGGGUUCGAGCCGCUCGAAGGCGCCGAUGCCUCGUCGCCGUAUUCAAGCCAGCCGCUGGAAGCAUCUGGCACGGGGGAGGCUACGUCGGAGAGCGAGUCGGGGAGCGGCAAUCCAUCUUCGGCCGUUGCUCCCACCACCUACGCGAGUGACAGCGGGGACAAUGCACAGCCCACGCCGGAGGAGGGAGGCCGUUUGAGCCGCCCUGAACGCCCACCGCUGCCAGGCGGGUCUGUCUCCUCUGACGCUUCGGCGACUCGCCACUCUCCGCCGGCGUUCACCGCCACGAACUCUGCUGACAACCCGGGCCUGAUGCAGCUCGAGGCCGGGCCUGCAGCAGCAGCGCCCGAUCCGUCAUUCUCUGAGCAGCGGGACUCCUCCAUCACCUCCACCUCCUCAUCGGCUCCUCCAGCCGCCUCUAUAGCAUCAUCCACGCUCCCCGACCUGACCUUCUUUGCCGGGGAUGCCUGCCUGUCACCCAGCCUGCAGAGCUCCUUGGACAGUCCGGUGGAUUUCUCGGAGGAGGACUUCGAUCUUUUCACAAGCACACUGUGCACCAUAGACCUGCAGCACCUCAACUUCUGAGGACCGCGGCUACGACUAAAUCUGAAAAGUGAGACCAAGCGAGGGAGCGGACGGACGGCCGGCCUGCAUGUGGAGGAACAAUCGAGCGGAGGAGACGGCAACUCGGCGAGGACUCCGAAAAGCUUCUCGGCAACAUUCCUGAAACACUUCUGAAUGAAAAUUAUGUUCGUUUUUAAAUAUAUUUUUUCGUCUUCUUGCUGGUUUUACUUUGCGGCUAUGAUGUAGUUUUAUGGAGAUGCAGUUAAUUUUACUUUUUAAAAUUUUAAACACGGAAGGGAUUUUUUUUUUUUUCUCCACGAUCGAAACGUUGUGGAUUUGUUUCUCUCUUCUUUUUUUCCAAAUUUCAGGUAUUUAUUGCCUUUCUUGUUUUUGAAUUAUUAUUAUAUAUUUUUUUUGUUAAAAAUAUGAACCCUACGCCUGGAUUUGUUUCCUUAUUCUGGUGCAGCUUCAUGGAUCCUUAAAUAACUUCUCAGGAACUGUUCACGGAGUCUAGGUGCAGAAAAGCUGGACUGCUCUUAGAAAAUGUCAAGAGAAGGAUGGAUUAAUCCUCUCUUUGAACGAGACCAGGCGAAAGAGAAGCCCUGCUGAUGACCCGAGUUUUAGACCCUAGUUUAUUUAUUGAGAUUCUUUAAUAGUGAAAAUCCAAAUUAUUUAUUGUACAUAUAUUUUCAUAGUGGAAUAAUAAUAAUAAAAAAAAAACAGACAAACAUUUA